UACUACCCGCAGAGAAGAACGGACAGCCCCUCCGCCUUUAAACCCCCCAGCCACUAACCGCCGUCGGGCAGACCCCGGAAACGGAGGGCGAGAGUCCACCGCGCCGAGCGCGUCACCAUGGCAACGGGACGCUCAGGCGGCGGGCGGGAGGGCGCGCCGCGCGUUGGCGAUUCGCGCCCGGGCUGGGGGGUGGUGCCCAUUGGAAGGGGUCAUGCAACCAGUAAACAUCUCAGUAUGGUUGUGUUAAGAAAAUAUGUUCGAGCACUGAGCUGAAUUCAGGCUUUGGUACUCAUUUUUUAAUGUGAAAUAAACUGUCGUCAUGGUGAUGGAAUCACAAGACACUGUGUCCUGCAUUCAGCAAACAGCUUUGCCAGGAAAAAAGAAGUAUCUGUCCGCCUGCCUUCUGUAACCAGGAAGUAAGGGGUGGUCAACAGAAGUGUAAAUGUGUGCGUAGGAUGCACAUAAGGAAGUAACAUCACUAUAAGAUUGUAUUCUCUCAGCUUUGAAAAUUCUGAUGAAAUUCAAUUGCUCUUAAAAGCAGUGGAUCUUCUCCAGGGAAAGUGCAAAAGCAUUUAUCUAAUUUAUCUGCUUAUAUCACCAAUGCAGGCAGACCGGAAUGCUGGAGUAUGUUUACAGAAGAUACAAGACAGCUGCAAUUCAAAACAGAAAACAGAAGAAUGAAAAUAAGAGAUAAAAUAUUAACAUGGAAAAUAACCUUAACUGUCUUCAAUGGAAUUUUCUUGGCGCUGGGUGUUCUGCUUUUGACAUUUGGUUUGUGGCUUUUAUUUGACAGAAAUAAUUUAUUUGGUGUAUUAUUUUCUUCAGGUGAGAACCAAAUGGUGGUACAUGUUUCUUUUAUGUUACUUGGAGUUGGAUCUCUUAUUAUUUUUACAUCAGUCGUGGGAUUCCUUGGAAAUGUUAAGAAAAUCAGAUGCCUACUAGUUACAUAUGUGUGUUUUCAAGUCCUGGUGUUUUUCACCCAGAUUGCCAUAUUAGCACUGAUAUUUUUGAAGAAAGAGGUGGUUUACCAUCAGUGGAACAACAGAAUUGAUGAAGUUAUUUCUGACUAUGGGAAUAAGAGUCUGGCUGAGAAGGAACCCGUGUGGAAUAUUCUGAAUGCUGUGCAGCAGAAUAUGGAAUGCUGUGGAAGAUACAAUGUCACACAGUGGGAAAACAAUAAAAACAAGGAAAACCAUGCUCAGAUCCCAUGUUCAUGCACAAAAUCUAACCUGAAGAAAUGGUUUUGUGAUAUCCCAAGGAAUUCAACAUAUACUAUGGGUUGUGAAGAAUACUUAGAUACAUGGUUUGAAAAUAAUGUUUUGAUCUUAAAUGGAAUUAGUAUCAGUCUGCUAAUUACACAGGUAUUUGUGAUCACAUUUUCCAUGAAGAUAUUUAUGAACAUCAGAAGGAAUAGCAUUUGGCCAAAUGAAUGAUGAAUUCAUUUGGGCAUUGCCGUUGUGCAAGAAGAUCUGUUCCCUUCCUGUGUCAAUAAACAAAAGUUCACAUUGCACUUAUGUAUUGUAAUCACCAGGAUAUUAACAUUUGGGCUUUAAUGUAUUUGAUUAUUGAUCAUAGUUACAGGUAUAGCAGUAUGCUACAAAACUCAGUGUUUUAAAGUGUUAAAUACUAUACCUUUUACUAUAUGGUUAAUAAAACUUCAGCUGUGUUAGUAUGCCCUCUAAUCCUUUCUUGUAUACUCUUGAUUGGUAAAACUUUGUGUGUUCUUCCCAAGAUAUCAAGUCAAGUUGGCAAGGGGAUGCAGCCUUCCCUCCAAGAAUUACAUUUUCAGAAAUAAAGAAUACUUUGGCAAACAUGAAGUGACUUCUGCAGAUAUACAAGUACUCAUAUUCAGUUAACUUGGGAUGUUCCUUCAUUAGUGCAGUAAGUUAUAUCCAAAUCAAAUAAACACCUAUUCUUGCUUCA